AUGGAUCUCCGCAGCCUCAUGCAAAAGCGGCCCAAAACCUUUUAUCUGACGGUUUCGUCGCUGUCUGCGGCUUUUGGCCUUGGGCUAUCCCCUUCCUUGGGGCCGCUCAGUGUUUUGAUCGCAAUUCUGCUCUUAUAUGCUCCCAUUCUGUACCACAGAUUCAGACAGCAUCGCAUUGCCAACAUAUUCAUGCUAUGGCUCAGCCUCGCGCUCUUUGGCUCCGUCGGGAGGCUGAGCCCAACAUUGACUGCUCUUUCAACUGCGGGCCCUUCAAUCGCAGUGUUGUUGGGUUUAAACUGCGUCACAUCUGCCUUGUCGAUAUCGGCCAUAUUUGCUGACAUCUUUAUACGUUCACGUACUGGAUGGUCGCAAACGACGUUGUUCCCGGCGAUUUGGACGACCCUCUGGGCAGCGACGGCUUACUCGCCUCUGGGCCGCCUGUCUGCAUGGAGUCCUAUCUUAUCAACUGGCUCGUAUGCUUGGAUGGCGCCCUGGGUAGGCAUGCUUGGGAUUGACUGGGUAGCUGCUUCCUGGGCAGUUGUGAUUUCCCGGAAUAUAGGUGCCUGGUUCAUGGGGCAGCCUGAUUCUGAGUUGGAGCUCGAAAGAGAGCAUGUCAACUCAAAAUCACGCUCGACUUUGGCGUCGACUUGGACGCUUUUGGGGGUGCUAACAGCCUUGACCAUCCCGUCAUACAUCAUUUCGAAUGUUCCUCAUUCAGUUAGCCCAUCGGAGAGCACGACUCCCCUGGUUGUGGGCUGUGCGUUGCCCUCACCAGCUUUUUCCAGGUACAAUGUUACCUCGUUUGGCCUGGACGAGUACAUCCACGCAAGCAAAACAAUGGAUCCCGCCAGAAUCAUACUGUGGCCAGAAGGCGCAGUCUCUUUCAAGGACGAAAACGAGAAGACUGAAGCAUUCGAGAGAAUCGCUUUCGAGAUCGGCAGGGCUGGCACCUAUUGGGCGGUGUCGUUUGACGAAAAAAUUCGUGACCCUUCCAAUCCCAAGAAAAGAAUUCAGCGCACAGGACUAGCGAUCAUAUCUAACCAAACCGCGACACCACAUGUAGAAUACUAUAAACGCUCUCUUGUUCCCAUCGCGGAGUCGUUUAGGUUUAUUCCCGGCACAGCUCCGCCGCCUUUGUUUGAACUCCAACUUCCAGUUCCAAAGGGCGUUUCGAAAGCAACAUGGGGAAAGCGCCCUAUCGACCUUACGGCGUCGAUUUGCAUGGACUUCACGAUGCCGUCCGUCUUUGACACGUUGCCCUCCCGCCCUACCCUCAUUCUGGCGCCAGGAAACACCUGGGACCGCGCCAUCGGCAGCAGGAUGUGGGAAGAGGUCAAGCAACGCGCAAACGAAGUCGGGAGCAUCGCGCUAUGGUGUGAUGGCGGCGAGGGGGGCAUGAGCGGAGUGGUAGGGGGCGGCUACAACGACAUUUACCAGAUGGGCGAAGGCUCCUGGAUCAGGACCAUCGGUCUGCCCCAUCCAUACGACACAACACCCACAUUUUAUGCUCGCUUUGGCGGGUUCCCUGCGUUGCUGCUUGGCUGGGCUUUAGUUGGUGCAGCGAUUCUGCCAUGGUCGCUUGCUCUGUUGCAUUACAAGAAGUCGCAUCCGCACAGGCUUUCUCUCCAAGCCGCAGCCUGGGUUCACAGCCGAAUAACAGGUCAAACUGCUCGGAUUGAACAACCUGUUGAGCCUACGAAUAGCGCUAUUCGGGAAGCUCGUCUCAUCGAAGUGUGA